GAACUACACAAGAUAACAGACCAGCAAACACGUGGCUACAAAACUAGAGUGUGCACUGUAGGAAAUACAGAGAUACAAAAGGAAAGACAUGCCACUAUGCUGAGAGGGUAGCAGAGAAGAAAGAAAGCCAAAGAACAAGAAGGAGGAGGCCAUGUCAUGAGAAAGAGUGGAUCUAUUUGGGUUUGAUCCUUUUCCUGUUUGUCAUGUUAAAAGUGUCAAGGGCUCAGAUUCCUGCAACCACAGGUCAAAUGAAGCCCAUGAAUAUGGAAAACACUCAAACAAUGUCCACUGCUCCAACCACCACUGGUACAGUACCCAUGUCUCCAGGAAAAAGAGAAAACAACAUCACCAAAAGUGUGGAAUCCUCCCUGGCAACGUCACCUGCCGAGCAAACCACGGAGCAGCACAUUAGCACUACCAGCCAAGGGAGCACCAUCACCACCACAUCAGGAAUGACAACGUCAACAGCUCCCAAAGAAGAACCAACACCAAAGAGCUCUAGCACUCUUGCAUCCACAGCGACACCCUCCCCAUCCAUAAAGAAGAAAACCACCAAAACAAGGACCCAUCAAACUGAUCCCCGGGAUUCAAAGUCUGACCAAGCUUUUACCUACGACUACCAGUCCCUGCGCCAUGCUGGACUGUCCAUUGCAGCAGUACUCUUCAUUCUAGGUAUAAUGGUCAUUAGCUGUGGCAAGGUCUGUCGGCUGCCCAGGUGUCGGAAGAGGUCAUCAAAGUCAUAUCAAGUGGUCCAACAAUAACGAUAAAGCAUGUGUACAUGAUACAAGGACAGAGCUGUAAGAAACCGACCAGGAGUCCGUCAGGAGAAAAAAACACUGCAUCUGGAAACGUUUGCAUGUGACUGUAUGCUGCUUAGUAACAGUGUCACAGAAAAACACUGAAUAAACAGAGCAAACAUGAAUCACGCACACAA